UCUCUCUCUCUCUCUCUCUCUCUCUCUCUCUCUCUCUCUCUCAUUUUGUCUUCAAUCACAAGUUGUCUUUAAAUAAUUUAAGAAUUGAUUCAUGUCGCACAAUUUGUAUCGAACAGUUUGUUGUGCUCCUCUCUAAGAAAAGCUUUAUCUCUCGAUUUAUAUUUUGACAUCUUGUCAUUAGCUGUUACAGUCAUAUUAAUGUAUUUUAGAAUUGAUUUUUCCAUUUCGCAUCUUCUUGAUUUUUUAGAAUCUGCCAUUUUAAACUGUGUCUUUUUUUAUUAAGGAUGUCUGAGGGAGUAAUUCACUAUAUUACUCUAGAACCUGUCUACGUUCAAGCUGCUGUGAACCUAUAUAUUAGCUCUUUUAAAGCUAAGAGAAUCCAUGACUACAAUGACAAUAGUACUCUGCUGAGUAUCUAUGAUUCUAAUGUCAUUGUUACCUCGGGAACUCCACCAUCAAAGAACACAGUUUUGGAACUUCUUCUGGAUCGUGACUCUCUUCAGGCCAUAAAACAAGAUCCAAGGUUUAUAGAAAGCGAACUAGAAAGUGAUCUAGAAAAAGAGAGAUGCACAGUAAAGUUGUGGGGUCCUUUUGGUGUUUGUUGGCUUCUAACAGAGUAUAAGAAGGAUUACUCUGAUCUCUAUCCGCACAUCGACUCUUGUGAAAAGGAAAUGUCGGAGAUAAGAAAUAUUAGAUUUGUGUACGAAUCUGAAGACAUUGUCAAAUUUUGUGAGACUCCUCUGCGUGCCAUUUUUGAUGAGUUGGAAAGAGUUAACUCUUUCCGACAAUCAUUAGCGGUAACUCUGUUACUCAAUCCAACAAUGUGUGAUCUUGAGAGCUUGGAAGAAUGGAUGACUAGUGUUGAGUUCUAUGCCCCUCUUGUUCUUGAAGAGAUAAAGAUUGGUUCUACCGUUACUUCUGACCUCCUCGUACUUCGCAGUUCUCUGGCGGAUUCGUUUCGCCAGCUGGUAAAGCGCAUGCAAACUGGAAGAACCAGUAGGACCAGCUUGAAGAUCAAACCAACAACUGAUAACCAAAGCCGACGAGUUAAACAAACUCUCGGAAUCCUAGGUCAGCGGAUAAAGAACAAUCCCUGGAAACAUAAUACAUGUCGAUUGAAAGCAAAAACCUAAUAUUGAUAAAAGCUAGCAAACACAGAUAAAGACAGUGAAGAAAUCUCCUAAGCAACAAGACGUCCAAACUCCUAUCGGCUCUUUGAUGAAGAGAACUUGAAACUGAUACCUCCCAUAGUGAAUAGCGCAAGCGGAUUUGAGCAAGAAACCAAAGCUUCAAACGGGGAACAGAACAAAAGUUCUAUAAAAUUCACCCGAAAUUGACUAAGUCAACAUGCGACAAGGAACCGAAGAGGUCAAACAUGCGACUAGGGACGUCAAGAAGAAGCAAGUUAAGGACAAGGCCUCGAUCUGACCUUUAGGUUGUAGACAGGGAGCGAAUCGCUUCACACCGGCCAAAGUCAGUCUUGAGAAGCAAGACGGAAGAAGGAUCGAGACAGUAUGAAGCCAAAGAGACCAUCGAUGAGGAGAAGGAAACAUGCAGAGUUGGAGACUAAAUACCACGCCAUUGAAAACCCAGAUCCCGUACCUUCAUCACGAAGCAAGCUUAAACCCGAUCCAAUCUUGAAAAGAAAUGGAUCUACCGAUUAUUACUUUCGAAAUCGACAUGCAACAACACCGAGAAGAAAACUAGAGAUUAGAACCCCGACUCCGGCGCUAUGGAAGCCACCGGAGUCGGUAACCGGAGGAAGAUGAUCGGAGGAAACUUAGAGAGAGGAAGGAAGUUUUUAGAGAGGAAGGAGGAGAUAAA